UACUUGCCCUUUCCCUUUUCUUCAAGUACGAGUGCUACUUUCUUCUCAAGAGCUCAGCUCAGAAGCGAGACUCUUUCUUUUAAUAUUUCAUUAUUUGUAAACACACAGAAUUUCUGCCUUCUCUCUCUUCUUUGUUGCUUUGUGGGGAAGAGAAGACCGGAAGGUUAGAGACAAAAAGGGAUAUGGGCUUAGGAACAAGCACCUUUGUAAUCAGAUGGAUCAACUUUCUCACCAUGCUUUUAGCUAUAGCUGUCAUAAUUUUUGGAGUAUGGAUGAGCUCUCAUCACGAUGGCUGUCGAAGGUCCCUUGCGCUUCCAGUUUUAGGCCUUGGUGCCUUUAUUUUUGUAAUAUCUAUAAUCGGGUUCUUGGGCGCACUCAAAAACAGCUCCAUUCUCUUGUGGAUUUAUCUGAUCAUGUUAUGCUUCAUUUUGGUGGGAAUUCUGGUAUUCACAGUAUUGGCGUUUAUUGUAACGAAUAAUGGAACAGGUCAUAGCGCUCCUGGUUUGAGGUACAAAGAGUAUCAACUUCAAGACUACCAUUCAUGGUUUCUAAAACAGCUGAACAAUACCCAUAACUGGGAGCACUUGAAGAACUGUCUUGUCAAAUCUGAAGACUGCAAUGACCUAUCGAAAAGAUACAAGACUCUUAAACAAUAUAAAUUGGCAAAACUGAGCCCCAUUGAGGCUGGAUGCUGUCGACCACCAUCUGAAUGUGGUUAUCCUGCUGUCAAUGCUUCAUACUAUGACUUGAGCUUUCAUCCAAUUAGUUCCAACAAAGACUGCAAACUUUAUAAAAAUUCGCGGGCCAUCAAGUGCUAUAAUUGUGAUUCCUGCAAGGCUGGUGUUGCGCAAUACAUGAAAGUUGAGUGGAGAGUGGUAGCAAUCUUCAAUGUUAUUUUAUUUCUUCUCUUGGCAAUGAUAUACUUUGUGGGAUGCUGUGCAAGACGCAAUGCUGCCAGGGGCCAUCCUAAAGUUUAAAGAGGACCCAUUAAUAUUCAGGAACAUUCAUUUGAAGCGGAAAAACACAAUGGCCGUGAAGUUCAACCCAUUCACUAUUUGACUAGAUUUUUCUGGUAGUUAUUUUACCUGAAAUGAAGCGUUAAAGUAAACUUAUUGUCUCAUGCAAUGGGUUGGAAGUUUGGUAGGUCGUUUCACCAGAAGCAAUGAAUGCAAUUGUGUUCAAAUGUUAGCUUCUGAUGUUAUGUAAACAAAAUGUAUAAUUUAUGUAACCAUCUGAGAUUUGAGUAUGAAAUAUAAUUUCUCUCUCCCUCUCUC